AAGCACUGAACCUGGAUCAAGAAGCAGCUUGAGCAUGCGUGGGAGGGUAGCACCAUGAUCUCCUUGCCGCUCCCUGGAAUCCUGGCACUGACACAAGCGAGUGGUACCAUUCGUCCUGGUCAGCCUGCUGUUGGGAGCAACUGCCACGGAGCAAAGGCCACGAACCUCACCUCCAUCUUGCCUCUCAGCAUCGCCAGUGCGGCAGCCAGCGCGCUCGGUCGAGCAAGGGCCACGCGCGCCUCGCGGAAGGCGGAGAUCAGUCGCAGGCAAAAGCUCCUCACACUUGGGAACCUGGCACCUGUGGUGAUGUCAAAUCCUGCAGAGGCCAAGACGGCCUCUAGCGUGGGCUUAGGCACGUGUUGCCUCAAAGGCCAAGCCAGCGAGGACCAGGUCCGGGCUUCUGACGGGCUGGAAGGCGUCUAUGAAGGUUUGAAGAUUGGCUAUCGCCUUUUGGACACUGCCAGCCAUUAUGAGAACGAAGGCAACAUUGCUGAUGCGAUCCGCAGGUCUGGCAUCCCCAGGGAAGAUGUCUUCUUGAUCACAAAGAUUUGGUUCGAUGACAUGGGGGAACGAGCCGCGCCGGCGUUCCAGGAGUCCCUGAAACGCCUCCAGACCGACUACGUGGACCUACUCUUGAUUCACUUCCCUGGCACCAACGACGCUGUCCAGAGCCCUGCGGCCAAUGCCAAGCGGAGGGCAGAGACCUGGCGGGUGCUGGAGGAGGCGAAAGCGGCCCAGCAGGCUAGGUCCAUUGGGGUGGCGAACUUCACGCGUAGGCAUUUGAAACAACUUCUGGCCACCUGCAAAGAGUCGCCAGAGGUGAUGCAAACUGAAGUUCAUCCAUACUUCCAGCAACCUGAGCUUUUGGAGUUGUGCCGCCAGAAGAAUCUGAAGAUCCAAGCGUUUUCCCCUUUGGCACAUGGUGAGUUAGGACUUCUCAACGACCGCCUUCUGACGGGCAUCGCUGCGAAGUACCAGCGAAGUGUGGCGCAGGUGGUGUUGCAAUGGCUGCUUCAACAGGACAUUACCCCAAUCGCGUUCAGCGGGUCUCCAAAGAACAUGAUGGAGAACUUCGCUGUCAAAGAUUUCUCAUUGACUUCUCAAGAGAUGGACCGGAUAAGUUUUCUGGACCGUGGUCCCAACGCAAGGGUCGGCUUUGACCCAAAUCUCAUUGCUUAA